ACCAACUGCUUUGGUGAACCGAUGUUUGGCGCCUUGGAAGUUGGAACUCCAUCCAUCGUUUCAGUCCUCCGACGAGAACCCUAACCCUAACCCUAACCCUAACCCUUAAUCCAUGAUUCAAUGGCGACGCUGCCCAACUCCACCACUAAAACCCUAACCCUAUCCUCAUCUUCAACCUUCCUUCGUUCCUACAAAUCCUACUCUGAUUUCUCCCCACAAGCCUCUUUACCGUGCUCCUUCGAUCUCCUCUCUGCUGGUUCUCCCCUCCCUCCAAUACCUCCCGAGUUACCCCGGUUCAAGAUUAUUCCGAGAACUCGCUUCAUCGUGGAUGGCUUCCGAUGUUCCGGCGACUUCUCUGUCUCCUACUUCCUCUCCCAUUUCCACUCCGACCAUUACACUGGCCUCGGGCCCAAUUGGUCCAAGGGAAUUAUAUUUUGCUCCGAGAUCACUGCGCGUUUGCUUGUAGACAUCCUCAAAGUUCCUCCUUUCUUUGUUGCCUCAUUGUCUCUUAACGAGACUGUCGAGAUUGAUGGCUGUGAUGUCGCUGUCGUCGAUGCCAACCAUUGCCCGGGUGCUGUUCAGUUUCUUUUUGUGGUUCCUGGGACUGAUGAGCGGCGCUCUGAGAGGUAUAUACAUACUGGUGAUUUUCGUUAUUGUGAUUGGAUGAAAUCCGACCCAUGUUUGUGUAAAUUUAUUGGUGCGGAUGCUGUUUUCUUGGAUACGACUUACUGCAAUCCAAAGUAUGUGUUUCCAUCUCAAAAAGAAUCUGUUGAAUAUGUUGUGGAAACUGUGAAAAGAAUUAGAGCUCAGAGUGAGGGCUCCUCUGAGUCUAUAUUAUUCCUGAUUGCUACUUAUGUGGUUGGAAAAGAAAAGAUCUUGCUUGAGAUUUCACGACAUUGUGGAUGUUUGUUAUAUGUGGAUGAUAAGAAAAUGCAAAUUUUGUCGAUUUUGGGACAUGGUGAUUCUGGGGUUUUUACAGAGGACGUUUCAGCUACCAAUGUUCAUGUGAUUGGCUGGAAUCUGUUGGGUGAAACCUGGCCAUAUUUUCGGCCGAAUUUUGUGAAGAUGAAGGAGAUUAUGACGGAGAGAGGUUACUCGAAGGCGGUUGGUUUUGUUGCAACUGGUUGGAUGUAUGAAACAAAGAGAGAUGGCUUUGCCAUGAGGGUUAAGGAGUCGCUUGAAAUUCAUCUGGUUCCAUACAGUGAACAUUCCAGUUAUGAUGAGCUCAGGGAGUAUGUGAGGUUCUUGAGGCCUAAACAUGUGAUCCCAACUGUUGGAGUGGAUGUUGAGAAACUUGAAAGUAAGCAUUCUUUGGCUUUGCAGAAACAUUUCAGUGGCUUGGUUGAUGAAACUGCUAACAAGCAUGAGUUUUUGAUGGCCUUCCAUCAGAAAUCAGAGGGUGCUGACAUGAAGUCUGUCCAAAAUGUCUCUGUUAGUACGAACGAGGGUGAGAAUGUUGGAGAAAGCAAAAAUCCAGUUCUUGAAGUUAUGGAUUCUGAAAAGGAAUCUAAUUUGCGGGAACUAACUGAACCAGGGGAUGUGGUCUCAAAGGGAGCAAUGGAGGACCUCCGGGAUUGUUUGCCUUCUUGGGUGACCCAGGAUCAGAUUUUAAGUCUUCUUAGAUCAUCUGGUGGAGAUGUUGUUGAAGCUGUUUCAGACUUUUUUGAACAUGAAAGGGAAUUAUAUGAGCAAGUAAACGACAAACCUCUUUCUACUCAUAUCUCACAAACGGACUUGUUUGAUGAUUCUGCUUCUCAUCUGGAAAAUAAAUGUACUCAAGUUAUCCCUGAUUGUGGUGCUAAGAAAGUUUUUAGUCAAGAUAAGAGGCCUACAACAGCAAAAUUUGCUGUUUUUAACAAGCCCAGUUUGACAAAAAAGAGGACUUCAAGUGCUGGAAACAAGCCAAAAAAGAGAGGAAGAUCUCAUAGAGGUGUAGAAUCUAGUGGAUGCAAGCAAUCCACAAUUACUAAAUAUUUUGGAAAAGUAUUUCCUGGUGAUUCAUGUGAUGAUUGCCCUGCUGUCAAUGUUGCACAUGGUUCUGUGUCUAGUUGUCAACAUGUUAAUAUUGAGAAUCAGUUUUUAUGUAGUUCUGAUGAGACGUACAUGAAAGACUUGGACCACUUUCUUCAGAUAAUAAAUGAUGGUAUUCCAAGAAAUGCUGCAAUGUCUCUUCUGAAGAAGGCAAAAGGCAAUAUUGAUGUAGCAGUUGAUCUGUACUAUGAUAAUGUGUAUGUAGAUUUAAGCAGUAAAGAGACUUCUAUUCUUCAGGAUGCACAGCCUGAACUGUCAGGUGAUCUUACUAGCAGUCAUGCUGAAAAGGCAACCUGUUUUCUUGAGAAAACAAUGAAUUUGUCCACUUUGUUUGUUCAUGGGGCAUCAGAUGACACAUGCCAAAAUUACAUCUCAUUAUCAAUUGAAAAAUAUUCUCCUGUUGAGCAUGCAUGCUGGAAUGCCGGAGAACCUGCUCCCUACUUGCACUUGGCACGGACUUUUGAUUUGGUGGAAAGAGAAAAAGGAAGAUUGAAAACUUCUAUUAUGCUCUGCAACAUGUUUAGAAGCUUGAUUGCUUUGUCACCUGAAGAUGUGUUGCCUGCUGUGUAUCUAUGCACAAAUAGAAUUGCUGCUGACCAUGAAAAUAUGGAACUGAAUAUUGGAGGCAAUCUGGUUGUGGCUGCACUUGAGGAGGCAUGCGGAGUGAACAAGUCUAAAAUCAAGGAAAUGUACAACGUAGUUGGUGAUCUUGGUGAUGUUGCACAAGAAUGCCGGCAAACCCAAUCAUUACUUGCUCAUCCUCGUCCACUCUCUAUUCGAAACUUAUUCCAAACACUGCAGAAGAUAAGCUUGGAAACAGGUAAUGGGAGUGCUAUUCGAAGGAAAAAUCUUGUAAUGAAUCUUAUGCGUUCUUGUAGAGGAAUGGAAAUGAAGUUUCUUGUUCGGACAUUGGUUCGCAAUUUACGAAUUGGGGCGAUGAUGAAAACAAUUUUGCCAGCAUUGGCUCAUGCGGUGGUUUUGAAUAGUUAUUCUUUAGAGCAUCCUGAAAGAUCUGAAAGCUUAAACUUGCAGCUUCAGGCUAUUUCUGCUGCGGUUGCGGACGCUUAUGAUGUAACUCCAAAUUUGGAUUUGCUUAUCCCUGCUCUAUUAAACAAAGGAAUUAAAUUUUCAGCAUUAUCUUUGGCAAUGCUUCCAGGCACACCUAUUCCCCCUAUGCUUGCUAGAAUAACCAAUGGGAUCACUCAAGUGCUGAAAUUAUUUCAGGGUAGAGCAUUCACAUGUGAAUUCAAAUAUGAUGGUCAACGCGCCCAGAUUCAUAGACUAGCUGAUGGAUCUGUAAAAGUUUUUUCACGACAAAUGAAAGAAACAACAGCAAGAUUCCCUGAUUUGAUAAAUAUAAUCAAAGAAUUUUGUAAACCUGCUGUUUCAACUUUCAUAAUAGAUGCUGAGAUUGUUGGAGUUGAUAGGAAGAUUGGGAACAAGCUAAUGUCUUUCCAAGAGCUAUCAUCACGAGAACGAGGUAGUAAAAAUUCUUCAAUAUCCAUGGAUAGCAUCAAGGUAUUUCAACAUUUAAAUUCCAACUUUAAAUUUUUUUUUUAAACACAAAAGUGCUUAAAAUAUAAGUCUUUCAUGGUUGUGGCUGCAAUUGCCUUUUAUUGAAAUCUGUUUGCAUAAGUCAAAUAACAA